GGGCUCCCGCGCGCCGCGGGCGUGGGAAGACCCCGGCGCCAGCCGUGGCGCAGAGCCGGUGGACGCGGCGGUAGCGGCAGCGACGGGCGUUGCGAGCGAGUUGGCUGCUCGUCUGUGAGACGCGCUUCUUCGGCGGUGGCCCGGCGCUGGCUGAUUGUCGGGCGGCCGGCGCCAUGUCUGUGAGCGAGAUCUUCGUGGAGCUGCAGGGCUUUUUGGCUGCCGAGCAGGACAUCCGAGAGGAAAUCCGAAAAGUUGUACAGAGUUUAGAACAAACUGCUCGGGAGAUUUUGACCCUGCUUCAAGGGGUCCAUCAGGGCACUGGGUUUCAGGACAUUCCAAAGAGGUGCUUGAAAGCCCGAGAACAUUUUGGUACGGUGAAAACACAUCUAACAUCUCUGAAGACCAAGUUCCCUGCGGAACAGUAUUACAGGUUUCACGAGCACUGGCGGUUUGUGCUCCAGCGUCUUGUCUUCCUGGCAGCGUUCGUAGUGUAUUUGGAAACAGAGACCCUGGUGACUCGAGAGGCGGUUACAGAGAUUCUUGGCAUUGAACCAGAUCGGGAGAAAGGAUUUCAUCUGGAUGUGGAAGAUUAUCUCUCAGGAGUAUUAAUUCUUGCCAGUGAACUGUCGAGGCUGUCUGUCAACAGUGUGACUGCGGGAGACUACUCUCGGCCCCUUCACAUCUCUACUUUCAUCAAUGAGCUGGAUUCAGGUUUUCGCCUUCUCAAUCUGAAAAACGACUCCCUGAGGAAGCGCUACGAUGGCUUGAAGUACGACGUGAAGAAAGUAGAGGAGGUGGUCUAUGAUCUUUCCAUCCGAGGCUUCAAUAAGGAGACAGCAGCAGCUUGUGGGGAAAAAUAGGAGCUUCUCCCUGCGGCUGGCCUUGCCGACUUGGCAUUUGCCAGGGAGGGCUAGCACAGUGCCUCUUCCUGUAGUUAGCACGCCACUUGCUAAACACUGCGCUUUAUUUUCGUAACCAGCUGUGUGGCGUGAGUAUCAGAAUUGAGAUACUUUUUGGAUCUAAAAAACCUUUCCACGGAUAGGAUUUUCUUUGUUGAAGUUUCAGUGAACUUGCUGUGUAAUUUGUUGUAUUGCCAUUUUGUCCAAAGUGUAAUUGUCGGUCUCUUGGUAAAAGUCCUUUUCUUGGCUUACUCGACUGUUGAUGUACUGAUUGACAGGUUUGUUGUCUUGUUCAUGAUUCUUCUGAAGUGACCCAUGAAAUUUUCUAGGUCCAAGUCCUCCAUUCCCAGUCCCAGCCUGGGUACAGUGUGAGAAUAGUUGACAAGCAGGGGAACUUGAUUUUCCCUUUCUUAUUUGAAGCCUUGUAAAUUAGUUGAUUUUUUCCCCCAAGGAAAUUAGAGGCCCCGAUUCUUUCACUGCCAUCAAAAUACAGCAGAUGAAACUGUACAGUCCAACUCAGCAAGGCCAGUUUAGAAAGGUCUGUUAAGAGAUGUCUCUGGUUCUUUAGAAAGGUCUGUUAAGUGAUGUUUCUGUUUCAUUAGAGCACCUUGUUUCCUGAGGUCACCUAAUGACCUGCCUGCCAUAGUAGUUAUAGUCACCACACCUGUCUUGAGCUAACACCCAUGUGCUGUGUUGGUAAACCGUGAGACAUUUUCCCAGCAGCCAGUUAGACCUGGUCUCGGAGUAGAAAGCCAUCCUCGUGCAUUCAUUCAUUAGCUGUACCCGAGGAGUGUGUUCUUACAGAAAACAGUGCUGUUUGGUGUGGAAGAAAGUAAAAUUGGCUUUAAAAAAUCCAUGUGAUUGGUAGUAUUUUUUUUGGAAUAAGAAAUUUCAGGUUUUGUUGGGUGGUAGUGGUGCACGCCUUUGAUCCCAGCACUCGGGAGGCAGAGGUAGGAGGAUCUCUGUGAGUUCAAGGCCAGCCUAGUCUACAGAGUGAGUUCCAGGACAGGCUCCAAAGCUACACGGAGAAACCCUGUCUUGAACCACCCCACUCCAACCCCCGCCCCCAAAAAAGAAAAAGAAAGAAAAUCCAGGUCUUGAUGCUCUCAGUAUGUUUUAAAUGUACAGUUCAGGGUAUCAUGUGAGCGUGUGGGCUCCUCCAACCCUUCUCCUUUUCAGAUAGUGUAAGAAUGCACAUACAACUGCUGUUCUUGGGGCAGGACCGAAGUAUUAAAGUCACAGCUGGCCAUGUAGCUCAGUGGUACAGCACGUGCCUGGCAGGUGUGAGGCACUGGGUCCAUCCCUGGGACUUUAAAACAAACAAACAAACCCAAAAUCCAACAAUAAAAAUCCCUAGUUUUUUGGCACUCUCUGAAAGGAAGCUGUUGGCAUUUCCAGUGUAGUAAGUAUUUAGGAAUGUACCCUUUCUUGCUUGCUAGUAGUUGGGGCUUCAUGUUUGUGCAGUGGGAUAUUUGACACUGGCUCUUAUCAGGCGGUGGUUAAAGACUGACUAGAGAGUGGGGCCAGGAAGUGCAGGCCUGUACUCCCAGCUGCUCAGGAGGCUAAGGCAGGAGGAGGAAAGUCAAGGCCUCAAGACUUGCCGGGCUGACUGAGUGAGACCUUGUGGCAAAAACAACCAAAAAGGCUAGGGGAGUGUUUGAAUGAUCGUGUUUUCCCAGCAUGUUUGAGGCCUAGGUUCAGCCCCUCAUUUUCUGUGGGCUGGGGUGAGGCUGACUCUUAAUUUCCCAUCAUGGGGCACAAAGGUAGGGAUGAGAUGUGUUUGCUGUAUAUUGUUGGACAUGUAGACUAGCUUUCUUCAUGGUUCUUUUUGCAGGCUUAGAGCAAGUUAUUAGACUAUUUUUUGUUAGUUUGCCCUUUGAGACAGGGUUUAGCUCCUAGUCCAGGCUGGCCUGGGACUUGCACCUCUGUUUCUACCUCCUGAGUACGGGUUUAGGCUCUGUAAAGUGUCUGAGAAGGUUGUUUCAAAUGCUCAGUCAUAGCACGCUGGACUGAGGAGGUUUUUCGGCCACACCUUCACCUAGAGAAGGAGAUUUCACAGGUCCUUGCUUUGUUGCUUCAGUGUGAGCUCUGCUGGGCAGCAGUAAAGCUCUUGCCAAAAGUUUUAGAUUUUCCUACUUAGAAAAUGAGGGUGUGCUGUAGUGUUGUCUAGACUGGUCUCAACCUCUGGGCUCAAGCCCUCCUCCUGCCUCAGCCUGCCAAGCAGUUGGGACGCUAGGCCAGUGCCACUGUACCUACCAGACUCUUGAACUUGAGUUUUAACAAAUGCAAUGAAAUUGCAUUUAAAGCAAAGGCAUACGUUCUGGUCUUGUAAUUCCAUUUGAGAGUUAGAUCUGGUCUUGUAAUUCCAUUUGAGAGUUUAGAAGUGUCAUGUUGAUGAUUAGUUGUGUUUGUUGCUGGCUUGUAAAGCAAUAAAACUGUUUUUGGUCUCUUUGUAA